CACUCAAGGCGCAGCGCUCAUGGUGCAAGACACUGCCGACGGAUCUGCGAUAAACUCGCACGGUCGCUCUCCUUCUAGCUGCCGCGCCUCGCUUCUUUUACCCCGGAUUACUCGUUAUUGAACCGUUUUACGAUUCCGAUUUUUUUUCUUUUCACUCAAGAGAGAGAGAGGCUCGCUACUUUUUUUUUCUCCUUCCCUUUUUUUGGUUGAGUUUGUCUUAAUGAAUCUGACGAAAGCAUCGCCGUUUCAUUUCCCGACAAUUGGGACAUGAUCACAUCGCCCUCGGCGUCUGUCUUGAAACGUAGUGGUGUCCGUGUAGUCUGGGAGAGCAGCAGUACUCGGAAUAGCAGCUCAGAGAGCAUCAACAAGCCGUUUCUCCACUCCGCGUCCCCGUCUGAUCCUCACCGGCAAGCGAGCCGACUUCCCAUCAAGAUUUUGAACAUGCUUAGCGCACGGUCGGGACACAUUUUGCACCCGGAGUAUCUGCAGCCUUUGCCUUCCACCCCGAUCAGUCCCAUCGAGCUAGAUGCCAAGAAAAGUCCGUUGGCUCUUCUGGCGCAGACCUGCUCUCAGAUCGGCAAACCGGACCCAUCGCCUUCCUCCAAACUAUCCUCCGGAACAUCAAAUGGAUCGAGUGAGAAGGAAUCUAAAUCUGGUCCUCUGAAAAUGAGUGACAUCGGCGUGGAUGACAAAUCUAGCUUCAAACCUUACUCCAAGCCUUCAGAUAAGAAGGACUCGUCUUCGGGCGCCUCGAGCGGAGAGAAGUCUGGUUUCCGAGUGCCGAGCGCCACCUGCCAGCCGUUUACGCCGCGGACAGGCAGCCCCAACUCCAGCACGUCCGCGUCCCCCAUGCCAUCUGAGGGCAAAUGUGGAGAGAGGGAUGACAAGAAAGAGUCUGAUUGUAAUAAAAAUGGCACGACAGAUGGGUCUGGCACCACGAGCCACAGCCGGAUAAGCGUGAGUUGUGGUGGAAUUAACGUGGAGGUCAACCAACACCAGGAGACGACGCCUGGCUCCAAGACCUCCUCCUCGGACUCCUCAUCUGUGAAUUCUGUAUCCUCCGCAUCUGUUCUCGGGUCAGGACUCGUGGCGCCGGUUUCUCCGUACAAACCGGGGCAGACAGUUUUCCCUCUGCCUCCGGCUGGUAUGUCCUACCCAGGCAGCUUGGCUGGGGCCUACGCUGGUUACCCACAGCACUUCCUGUCCCACGGAGGGGGCUUGGUCAACGCACAGAUGGCCAGUUCAAUGGGCUGCAGUAAGGCUGGUUCCAGCCCUUUGGCUGGAGCUUCUCCGCCGUCCAUCAUGUCCGCCAGCCUUUGCAGAGACCCUUACUGCCUCAGUUACCAUUGUGCCAGCCACUUAGCGGGCGCAGCCAACGCAUGCUCGCACGAGUCUGCAGCUGCGGCGGCCGCUAACGCCCUCAAGUCCAGCUACCAGCUCAUGUACCCGACGCACCACAUUCAUGGCGUCCACUCCUCGGCGCAGUCAUUCAGCGGACACCCCCUGUACCCGUACGGGUUCAUGCUCCCCAAUGACCCUCUCCCCCACGUUUGUAACUGGGUGUCGGCAAAUGGACCGUGCGACAAGCGGUUCUCCUCAUCAGAAGAGCUCCUGAAUCACCUGCGGACUCACACGGCUUUUACCGGGGCGGAGAAGUUGAUCUCCGGUUAUCCCGGGUCUUCCUCUCUGGCCAGCGCUGCAGCAGCGGCCAUGGCUUGCCACAUGCACAUGCCACCGUCAGGUCCCCCCGGGAGCCCCGGGACUUUGGGUCUGAGGAGCCCGCAUCACGCGUUAGGACUCAGCAGCCGCUACCACCCGUACUCCAAAAGCCCCCUGCCGAACGGUGCCCCGGUUCCCGUGCCCGCUGCCACCGGCCCGUACUACUCCCCGUAUGCACUGUAUGGCCAGAGACUCACCACAGCAUCCGCGCUUGGAUACCAGUGAGGAACAAAAUGACUUUGGAAGAGUUUAUAGUAUAAGAAUGCAAAUAUAAAGACUUUUAUAUUAACAGCGCUAAACUUAUGGACGGGAUCCGUGGACUUCAACUGUAUUUAUUUAUAUGUCUGCUUUAAAGCAGGCGGUAAUAGCUGCAAAUGGAAAAUAUUUGAGCAAUUCAAAAAGUGCAUUAUGUUGAAACUGAACUAGGUAAACUGAAAACACACACACGUGUUAGUACUAAUUAAAGUAGGGGUCUUCAUUUCGAUGUUAAUUUGAAAUUGCUAUGAUUGUAUUUGUUCUUAUUUAAUGUCUCAUUGAGAAGAAAAAUAAUUUACAUGCAUGUUUGUUUCUUAAAUUUCAGAAAUUGUCCACAUUUCAAAUUGCCGUUAUUUUUAAGGUGUACACCUUGGAAAGAGAAUUGGUAUUUUUUUGUAUGUAUUCUGGAGAAAAAAAUAAGAAACAAUUCUGUUCCAUAUCUCUGUGUGCCUCAUUUUCUGAAGUAUUAUUCAGUGUCAAGUAAAAGUUGAAUUUACAUUCCAUUUUCUGUUUUUUUCUUUCUAAGUGGUUUGCUAAAUUAAUGGGGUUAAGACAACUUUAAUGAUAAUUUCUGCAACAUGGCCUCUAUAUUUUCCUGUCAUACUUUCCAAAACAAUUAAUUGCCAUGUCAGAAGUCAAUCAGAUGAAUUGCUGAUAUUGUGUAUAUUUCUUUCUUUCCGUUACAUUGGUUUGUAUGCCAAAUAAUUGAGAAGCUUUACACGUUUAAUUUGUAUCAGAGCACGUGUUAAAUAGAUAAAUUAAAUGCAACUUGAAUGAGAUGGAAAUUGGUUGUGUGUAAGAGAGGGAAUUCAGUGCGUGUGUGUGUUCACAUAGUUAAUCGGGCUUUUGUAUGAGAUAACUUAGUUUGGUGGAUAAAGUUUGUCAAAAAGUUUUAUUUGACAGGUGUUGUAGUUUACUUGCUUUCACCUGCAUUAAAAGUAACAAUUGUAAAAUACCCAAGAAAAAAAAGUUGGACCAGGACCGAUUUGUCUGUGGUUUAUAUACCACUGCGUAUUCAAUUGCUCAGAUACAAUAUAUAUCAACACAUCUUUUACAAUCAGAAGAGAAAGAGGGACGUUUAAUGCAACAGACAUUUUACAGGCGUCUUCAUAUCUGUUAAAGCUGAGAGCGAGCCUCUCGCGCUCCAGCCAGGGGAUAUUUAUACGUGCAGGCCAUUCAUUAUUUUAUUUGUUUUAAAUAUUAAAUUGGUAUAGGUUUAUUUUCAC